UUGCCUUUGGGGGAAGGAAGUGUGGGCCGGGGGGGGGCCCGAAAAGCAGCGGCCGAGGGCUCUGCAUGGCCGGGGGGGGCGCGGCGGGGCGCUUUUCCCACGCUGCGCUCCGCGCCCCCCGCCCCAUGCGGGCCGGGGGCUGCCCCGAGCCGUGCGCGCCCCGCCGGGGGUAACGGUGCGGGGCUCCGGGGAGCAAAGGGGGGGGGGGGAUGCUCGCCCCCCGGCUACCUGCGCUUCCAGCCCUGCUGUGGCUAGCGUUAGCCCCGCUGCCCGGCUCUCCCGGCCCCGCGGCUAAGGCUGAGCUGCGGGUGCGGGUGCGGCUGCCCGGGGGGCAGGUGGCGGAGGAGAGCCUGCAAGCCGACAGCGGCUCCGACUGCAUCAGCCUGGAGCUCCGCAAGGCCGACGGCGCCCUCAUCACCCUCACGGCCGAUUUCAGACAGGAGGUGAAGAUCUUCCGUGCCUUAAUCCUAGGGGAGCUGGAGAGGGGCCAGAGCCAGUUCCAAGCACUUUGCUUUGUCACCCGACUUCACCGCAACGAGAUCAUCCCCAGCGAGUCCAUGGCGAAGCUGCGGCAGAAAAACCCCAGGACAGUGCGGCAGGCUGAGGAGGUGCGGGGCCUGGAGCACCUCAGCAUGGAUGUAGCCGUCAACUUCAGCAAAGGGGCGCAGCUCAGCUCCCACAUCCACAACGUCUGCGCAGAGGCCAAAGAAGCGAUUUACACGCGAGAGGACGAUGUCAAAUUUUGGCUGGAGAAAGGGGUGGACGGCUCCAUGUUCGAGGUCCUGCCGCAGACAUCCGACCUGCCGGACCUGCAGCGCUGCAGGCUGUGCGCGGACCGCUGGAAGCCCUGCAUCUGCAGCUACUCGCUGAGCAUCGAGUGGUACCCCUGCAUGCUCAAGUACUGCAGGAGCCGCGACGCCACGGGCAAGGUCUCUUCCUACAAAUGCGGCAUCCGCAGCUGCCAGAAGGGCUACACCUUCGAUUACUACGUGCCGCAGAAGCAGCUCUGCCUCUGGGACGAGGAGACCUAGCAGAGCCAGGCUCAGCUGCCUCCUGCCACCGCUCGCGAUGCUGAGGGCCUCCCGCAGCAUCCUGCUGCGAAGAAGGAACGUGGUUCACAGCGGUGCCUUGUGCCAGGAUUGCUCUGUGUGUGCCUUUCCUUCUGCCCCCCCCGUGGCUCCCUCCUGACCCCAUACCUUGUACUGGGAUAAGCGGGCUCGGCUCGCUGCGUGGUGAAGCCGCAAGCAGGAGCCGCAAGUUUUGGGGCUGAAGCACCAGAAGGGCUCUGUUCUUCCCUGCUCUGGGGGUGGGGGGUGUAAAGGGGGGCACUUCUGGCCAGUUUUCAGCCUCCAGCAUCCUGAAGGGUGGCCAGGGCAGGGAGAGGAGCAGUCCUUGGGGUGUCAGACAUCACCACGGACUUCGCCACCUCCUGGUGACACGACAGCAUUUCCCGAUGGGAAUAUGGCUGAGUUAUGGGACCACAUCCCCUGAACAAGGAAGGUACGAAUCCCACCCAAAAACAGAGCCUGCCUGUAGCUUUUUUUAGUGUCUGCCUAGCUGGUGUGUCCUUCCCGUGGCUACGAGAUGCCCUGGGGGGAUAUAGCCCAGCAAUUACUUCUGCCCCAAAGGGCUGCUAAUUAGGGCUCGAACUUAUCCCUAUUUAGACUAGUGAAGGCCAAC